GUAUCUUUGAAAUUUUAUAUGAAGCUAUACAGACUUCAACUUGGAACACUAACACUAACAUCUAUACGUAUAAACAAGCUAUAAACUAGCUUCAGGGGAAACAAACCACAAGAAUGAUUUCGUCACUCAGCUUAGUCAGCGAGGAUGAAGCUCCCUGAAGCUCCCAAGACAACCUAAGAGCCAUGAUGACCACAGAGAACUCAACCCAGCAAUUGCCCACUGUCAUACCGCCACCCUAUCCCCAAAAUGACGGAACACCUAUAUUUCUCCCUCACCAAGCACCUCCUCUCCGAGUCCCCCGCCCAGUUCGCAAUAGCCACACAAUCGCCCUUCCUCCUCGCCGCCGCCCACGGCCGCCUCGACAAGGACACUCUGCGGUCAUGGCUCAUCAAUGACAGGAAGUACAUCCACGCCUACAUCGUCGGCGUGGAAACCAUGCUAGCCCAGCUCCAGAACCCACCCGACGAGGCCGAGCUUGACGGAAGCGAGCCAGCACUGGCCACGUGGUUGACCGAGGCAGUGGCGAAUGUGCGUCGGGAGGAACAAUUUUUCCUCGACGUCGCGGCGCGGUACGGGAUCGAUCUUGAGCCGCGCGCCGAUGAUAGCAGGCCGGAUUGUCUGAUUGUAUAUGAGGGGCUGUUUAAAUAUGUCCCGCUGAAUCCCGUUGUUACGGAGCCGUGGUGGCUCGAUGCGGCGGUCCUGUUUUGGGCGACGGAAAAGUGUUAUCUUGAGGCUUGGUCGUGGGCGAAGGGGCAGUUGAAUGAGCAGAGUCCGGAGGAGGAUGCGGAUGGAGGGGCGUUGAGGACGGAGUUUAUUCCUAAUUGGAGUAGUCCCGAGUUUGCGGAUUUUGUGGAUAGGUUGGCGCGUAUCAUUGAUGAUGCGGUGAAUAAGUUGAGUGAGGAUAUCGAGCAUAAUAAGGAAACAGCCCCAGCACAUAUACGGACUAUGAAUGAGGCCGUGUUUGUUAAAAUGAGUGUCCAAAAUCCGCAGAAACUCUUUCUGAAGGUUCUGGAGACCGAGGAGCAGUUUUGGCCUGUUAUAGCAUGAAGCUUGACGAAAUCAGUGUACAGUUAUAGCUACCAUAUUGUCCAACUUACUUUAACUUAUUUUGGAGGGAUGUUAACCAACAUCUUCACACGACAUAUAUUAAUGCUCAUGGGCCAACCACUCGAGUAAGGCCAUUGACUAUCAGAUCCCGGAGUAUCUAUAACGUGUGGCUGGAAUGGAGCUCCGUGAAGGACCCCCACAGCUCACACAUAUUACUUACUUGCAGUGAUAUAUCGGGGAACUGAGAACAUCAUUACAUAUUUUACAUUAUCUAUUUAUCCACCUAUUAACCCUACUCGCACCACAUAUUAUCGACAGCAUCGCCUUCGCAAACUCAUCCACAUCAUCUGGCUCCGCCUUAGUAAGGAGGAUAGGCGCCUCAGCCAGCUGGACAAACCCAACAUUCACUUCCGAGCACAUUUUCUCCCACUCAUAGGCCGAAUCAACGUCCCACGCCCCUUGCUUGGUCGUGAACGUCAUACUACCAUAGCAAGAAGCUGUUCCAUCUCUAUGUAUCAAAUAGAUCGACUGGAUACUCGCAGCAAGCAUUGAUGUGCGUCGAAUGCUCUCAGCGAGUAUCCAGGAGUACCAUAAUAAGUUCUCGCCUCUUGGUUCAAUAGCUGUAUGCUCAUAAGGAGAUGCCAUGACCAGACG